AUGUCCAAGCUAAGCUCCAGUCAAAUCAGGGAAAACGUCAAGGAGUUAUUGAAGUACUCCAACGAGACCAAGAAGAGAAACUUCUUGGAAACCGUUGAACUUCAAGUUGGUUUGAAGAACUACGACCCUCAAAGAGACAAGCGUUUCUCUGGUGCUUUGAAAUUGCCAGUCUGUCCAAGACCAAACCUGUCUAUCUGUAUCUUCGGUGACGCGUUUGAUGUCGACAGAGCUAAGUCCUGCGGUGUCGAUGCGAUGUCCGUGGAGGACUUGAAGAAGCUCAACAAGAACAAGAAGUUGAUCAAGAAGCUUGCUAAGAAGUACUCUGCGUUCGUUGCUUCCGAAGUGCUGAUUAAGCAAGUUCCAAGACUUUUGGGUCCUCAAUUGUCCAAGGCCGGUAAGUUCCCAACCCCAGUCUCCCACAACGACGACUUGUACGGUAAGGUCACUGACGUCAGAUCCACCAUCAAGUUCCAAUUGAAGAAGGUGUUGUGUUUGGCUGUCGCUGUCGGCAACGUCGAGAUGGAGGAAGAUGUGUUGGUCAACCAAAUCUUGAUGUCUGUCAACUUCUUGGUUUCCUUGUUGAAGAAGAACUGGCAAAACGUUGGCUCUUUGGUCAUCAAAUCCACCAUGGGUCCAGCUUACAGAUUGUACUAA